UCGGUGAUUGAUCAUCGUAGUGCUACAGAACAAGGAUUACAGUUUUUUAAGUGAAGAAAGCUCAAAAUAAUUACAAGUGAAUACAAGUGCGUUAUAGGACAGUUCGAAAAAGGACACUUGUGUGGAAAAAAGUGAUUUUGACUUACGCCCGCAAUAAAGGAUUACCAGCAUCAUCAUGCAAUCGCCGGUCAGCUCCCCAGAAUUGAUGGAUCCACGGUUCAAUCAUUUACGGAUACCUGCAUCAUCGAGUCGAAUCCUGUACGAUGUACCGUGCAAAGUGUGCCGUGAUCACAGUUCGGGUAAGCACUACGGAAUUUAUGCGUGCGAUGGAUGCGCGGGAUUCUUCAAGCGGUCCAUUCGUCGAAGUCGCCAAUACGUGUGUAAAUCAAAGUCCGAUACACCCUGUGUAGUAGACAAAACCCAUCGUAACCAGUGCCGUGCCUGUCGUUUGAAAAAAUGCUUCGACGUUGGUAUGAACAAAGACGCCGUUCAGCACGAACGGGGACCACGAAACUCCACGAUACGGAAACAAAUGGCGCUCUUCAUCUCCAAGGAACCUCCGCUACGCCACGACCUCAUGAUGCCUUCGACACUUCCGCUGCCGCAACAUCCGAUGGGUCUCGAUUUGACGGCAAUACCCAGGAAUAUUCUGCUAAACUCCCAGCUCAUGUCCCACUCUACGCUUUACCCGUCGAUGCAGUCACCCCAUCCGUUGAUUGCCGCGGAUGCCAUCAGGGAGUCAGCAGCGCAGCUCCUCUUCAUGAACGUUAACUUCCUGAAAAGCAUAGAACAAUUCACCAAACUGCCGAUGGCCGAUCAACUAGUGCUGUUCGAAGAAUCGUGGCGGGAAUAUUUCAUACUAGCCGUCGCCCAGUACCUGUUGCCGAUCAACUUCAACAAUCUUCUGCUAGCCUACGAGUAUCAAAACAACAACCGAGGGGAACCCGUUUCCGCUGGAAUCGUACGAGAGGUGGAGAUUUUCCAAGAAAUACUAGCCCAGAUAGUCGCCCUACGCGUGGACGCGAAAGAAUUCGGUUACUUGCGUGAGAUUGCCCUUUACAAAACCGAAUUCGAUCCAGAAAGUAGCAUCUCGAGCAGUGGCAGUGACUCGUCCAUCCAGGAGGUGGCCACAGUUCGUUCUCUGGAGGAAAAAGCGAAAGAGGCACUUGAAAUUCACAUCCGCACUUAUCGGCCAGGUCCGAUUGAUCGGUGUCGCUUGCUGCUUCAACUGCUGCCUGUGAUGAAAAGUAUAUCCUCCUAUACCAUCGAAGAAUUGUUUUUCCGGCGAACGAUUGGAUCGGCUCCCCUUCUGAAACUGUUGCUUGAUUUGUAUCAAAAAUAGGACACUGCAAUCGAAUUGCUGUAGAUACAAUAACUGAUCCAUUCCUGGUUGACUGGAUUGUAAAACAAGCUGUGAUUGGGGCACAUGUAGAUUAAGAUUCAUAUUAAUAGGAACUGUACAUAA